CAGUGGAGUUGCCAAGGCCGACACCAAGCGAGCGAGAGAGUGAGACAACAGACAACAAAAGCACACCGCACACCGCACACAUGUCGCACUACAGCUCACCGUCCCGACAAGGGGCGGAGUCUGCGUCCAAUCCAUUCACAGCCACGUCCGAGGAUGACAUUGAAUCUUACAGGCAACGCAUGGUGGAGGAGAAGCACCUGGAGCGGGAGCGGCAGAAGCAGCUGCCGUUGCAUCAGAGAGGAAAAGCCGUGUUGCGACACCCGCGCCUGGCGCUGCGGGAAGAGCUGGACAACGAUGACGAUGACGACGACGGCCCGCAGUCCCUCAAGGAUUUGUCAGAGCAGCGCCGCAAGGACCGCCUCGGCGAAGCAUUGGAUCAGCUCGCCAUCACCACCAGAGACCGGCGCGUGGAGCAGCAGCAGCUGAGCGACUACGUGUCGAAGAAACGUGAGCUGUUCUUGAUCAAGUACUCGCUGGAUGUCAAGCGGGACGAAAUGCACAAACUCGAACAGAAGGCCCGCGAAGAGGAGCAGAAAGUUGAGGAAGCGGAGAAGUGGCUCGAGGCAGACGCGACCAAGUUUGAUCAGUUCCUUCGCGAGAACGACCGGCGCGCGGUGGAGGCGAUCAAGCACGCGGAGGCGGCGUCGCACCGCAAGCAGGAGCGCGCAGCAGAGAUCAAGAAGAUCCAGGCGGAGGUGAUGGCGCUGAGCAGCGACGUGACGAAACAGGGCGACAAAAUUGCAGAACUCCGCGCAUUCAGAGACUUCUUAGAGGAGCUCUCCCCGGAGGACUGGGCGUCGUCGUUGGCGAAGAAGAGGAACGAUGCUCGCCGCGCCAUCCUGAAGGCCAACCACAACACACACACAUGCACUUACACACACACGCACACUCAUACAUGCACUCACACAUGCACUCACGCACACUCAUACAUGCACUCACACAUGCACUCACACACACACAUGCACUCACACACAUGCACUUACACACACACGCACACUCAUACAUGCACUCACACAUGCGCUCACACACUCACACAUGCACUCACACACACACACACACACACACACACACACACACACACACACACACACACACACACACACACACACACACACACACACACACACGCACACACACACACACCCGCACACACGCACGCACACACGCACGCACACACACACACAAUCCCCCCACACACGAUGCCCCCCCCCCCUCAACACACACUCUCCCCCUUUUCCCCACAGGAGACGGAGGAAGCGCUGCAGGACCUGAAGGAGCGGCUGGCGCACGAGGAGCGCUCGCUGCAGUCCGAACGGACGGCCGUGGAGACGCAACUCGACGAGCUGGAGACGCACAUCGCCAACGAGCUGGAGGAGGCGAGGGCGCUCAAGGACAAGUGCCGGUUCUUCUCGUCCGCGUCCGGGGAUGAGCAGGAACAGGAACUCACAGACUUUGACCAGAAGGUCGGGGACGUGUACCACGCGUGCAUCGGGGAGAACGAGGCCGGCAUCAGCACGCUGCAGAUGCUGACCAACAUCGAGAACAAGCUGGAGGAGCUCUUUGAGAAGAUGCAACGCAUGCCCCCAGACCAGCUCGCAGCAGCAGAGAAGGCCAAGGACAAGGCACGGCGGCACCGGCUGCGCGAGGAGAAGUUGCAGGCGCAGAAGAAGCACCAGGAGGAGCGGUUACGGCGGGCGCAGCAGCGGGCCAACGACGCGCCGAAGAAGAGGACGGGGAAGAAGCUUAUGUUCCGCUCUGCGCCGCCGGAGAAGCCAAAGAAGCAGGUCAAGCGACACGUGCAGACGGUUGAAGAGGAGGAGAAGCAAAUCUACUUCUCAUGACGGAAUGGCGGAGGAAGACUGUGAGCGAGAGAGAGAGACAGUGUGUGUGUGUGUGUGUGUGUGUGUGUUCAUGUGAGUGUGUGUGUUUAUGUGAGUGAGAGUGUGUGUUUGUGUG